AUGGAUACAACCAGCACCGGUACGUGCGGUGCUCUGCCUGACGUGGAGGGCGCUGGUGCUCCAAGCCGUAGGCAGCAGCAGCAGCAGCAGCAGCGGCGGCGGCGGCGGUUGGCUGUGCUUUUUCGCCGUCUCUGGCGCUACGCGGGACCCGGCUGGCUCGUAUGCGUGGCAUACCUGGACCCGGGCAACUUGUUUUCUGAUAUAUUAUCUGGUUCUCAGUACGCUUACUCACAGCUGUGGGUAGUCUGGUGGUCGCAGUGGUUUGCACUCUUCGUGGGUUGGCUGUGCGCGCGCCUCGUGCUACGCAGCAGCCCGCUGGAGGACUUUGCGUCGGCCGAGCGCAAGCGCUACCGGAAACCCCCAGCAGCACGCUAUUUUCUCUGGCUCUUUGCCGAGCUUGUGGUUAUUAUUGCCGAUAUUCCGGAAGUGAUUGGUUUCGCGUUUGGAAUCCAUAUUUUGACGGGACUACCUGUCUGGGCGGGCGUGUUGCUGUCGUUCCUUGCGACCUCGUUGGUUCUUCUGCUGGAGCUUGGUGACUUUCGUUUGGUGGAGAUGGUGGUAGCGUUGUGCGUAUUCGCAUUGGGUCUCGUGCUCCUCGUGUCCCUAGCGAAAUCUGGACUAGAUGGCAAAGCUUUCAUGGUUGGCUGGUUGUUACCUCGAUUCCAAGGAGGUCAGUCGGUCUACGAUGCGUUAAGCAUCAUCGGAAGCGUUGUGAUGCCGCACAAUCUCUAUCUGCAAACCGGGUCGCUGAUCGCGCAUCACACUGCGGCGUUCGUGGCGCUCGAUAUCAUAGACAAGGUACAUGUGAACGAAACGGGCGGGGAAUUAGAUGCCCAGCUCGUCGACCCCUCGUUCACGAAAGAUACCGACGACAACGGCGACGGCGACGCGGACUCCUCCGAACAGGAUGUCGAGGCUGCGGCUGCGACGUCGGCAACGUUGUGGGAAUCGGAUAUGGCGGACAAGUCCCGAGGCGCUGGUUCGGUACAAGACAUCGCUGAGGAUUCCGUAUCUGUUGUUGUGCAUGCGGCGCACAAUGCUCAUGCGCACUGGUCUGUGGACGAUGCGCAAACCCAGUACGCAGAGCCCGGACCUGAUGCGGGAAUCACGUGCAGCCGCUCUGACCUCGAGGACACGAACGCGUCUUCGGGAAUAAAUGCUUGCACUGGUGAGCGUGCAAGCGAAAGAGGCCUGAAUGAACCUCUUUGUGACGCAUCUAAUACCGAGCUGGACGAGAUCCACAGCGCCGUGGUACCGCAGACUCAGCAACAACAAGUGGAAGAAGCGCGAUGCAUAGGGCCGCUCGGCGCUGAUGGGUCCAGCGACAUCACUGUCGAGCGAACGCCCGUGCAUGUGCUUGGCAAAGGCGAUUUUGAGACAAGUGUGAGGCGCUUAAGCGGCAAAACAUUGGAGCAAGAGAAUACAACUGAACGACAAGGUUUGGACGUUUCCAGUCAAUAUCAAGACGGGUUAUGCGCACCGGCGCCACUGCCAGCUGUAGGCGCGGUGGUUCUCGAACUCGUGCUGCCAACAUGCUUCGCAUUUUUCGUGAAUGCGUCGGCGAUCGCCAUAGCAGCGGAGCACGUGUUUUCGCAAGGAUCCAGUACGAGCGACAGCCUAGGCCUGUACAACUUUUGCAACUUUCUACCCUUUGAUGGUGCGUGUAUCCUCUGGGGCAUCAUUCUGAUUUUAUCUGGAACAGCUUCUACGGUAACAGCCACGCUGACUGGUAGCUACGUCAUGAGCGGUUUUCUCCAUCUCCGUAUUCCCAUGCUCGUCCGAGCCGCCUUGGCACGAGGUCUUGCACUUACGCCAGCGCUGAUUAUUGCCGCGACCUCGGGACCUGCAACGGUGAACGCCAUCAUCGGCGUCGUGAACGCCACUUUGAGCAUUGCCCUGCCGAUAGUGCUGGUGCCUUUACUACGCUGCUCCCAUGAGCGGAGGAAAUUGCACUGGUUCCCGCACGCGGCCGGUUGGCUCUUUACAGCGUUCAUUUUUGGUCUGAACCUCUAUGGGCUCUGUGCGCCUCAGGGUGGCAUGUUUGGCCUCUACACUGGUUCGUCAGACAACUUUACAUGGUCCGUUCAAUCGAACAUUCUGCAGGAUCUUGUGGUCCUCUCGUAUACAGCCAUCGUCGUCUGGCUGGCGGUGUCGUAA